CGCGUGGCGCAAGUCUAGUACAAUCGCUUAGCAAACGUAAACAACAUGGCGACCGGCGUUCUUGGCAGCGCCGCAGCACUGAGCGAAGGGUUACGAUCUCGAGCAUCAAAUCCCUCGGAUGAAGCACCGCUUCUUGAAGAAGAGGAGCAGACUGCUUUCACGGAUGAUGAAGAUAUCGGAGAAGAUCCGAGUUUGCCGUUUGGUGGCAAGGUCUACUUAGCAAGGAGGAAAAAACCGGAUAGUUGGUUCGUCGUCUUUUUGGAGAUCCUGGCUGUGUGCCUUGUGUUCAGCUUCAUCUAUUAUUCCUAUUACCACUUUGACAACCUGCAUUUUCAUGUGACGCAUUUCUACGCUCAGCUGGGCACCCCUCAUGCCAUGCACAUGACUGGACAGCGUUACUUGUUUGGCAGAGGGGUGGAUCGCAACAUGGACCAGGCUAUGCGCUGGUUCAAGUAUGCUAGUGACAAAGGGCAUCCUCAUGCAGCUCACAACCUUGCUGUGGGUCACCUGCAGGGUUACAAGACUGAACUCAAGGAUAGAGAGGAAGCUCGUGAGUUGUUGAGGUAUGCUGCCGACAAUGGAGUAGAAGAGGCCAUCAGUGCACUGAGCAAGAUGUGCCCCAAUGGAGAAUGCUAAACUAUGGACGGAACAGUUAGUUAGAGAGUGGUACCUACACUGUAGUCUUGAGGAUGGGAUCAAGAAAAGAUGUAAACAAAUAACAGAAAUAGCAAUGCAUUAUUACAGUUGUUGUGACUUACAUGCAUUGGAAGAGGAAUGGCAGAUGUUAUUCUUUUAUAGUGUGCCUUAAAAAAAGAACAGAAAUGUUGUAGAGUUUUCUUGGAAAAUUAUCAGUAUUCUUUGUCGAGUGUAAUAUAUUUAAAUUUAACUGAGCCAAGGAGAAAUAGAAAUGACAUGUGCCUUGAAAGUUGUUCCUUUGGAAGCAUUCCAUUUUUUGGCAAUGAAUGAUGCAGGGUGUAUAGAUGUUUGCCGUAGACCGAGAUGAAUGUACACUUGUAGAGGGCCACUGUUAUGGCGGCUGCCCUGUUGAAUUGCCGGGUCCCUGGGCAGUCAUCAUGUGUUUGAGAUGGCUUAAGCCUUGGUUAUGUGCUGUUUUCAGAACAAGAGGGAUUGGCAGCACCAAGAAAUGAGCCAAAUGUGGUCGAGUAAACCUUGAGUGGUCUUUGAAUUUGUUUGAAUGAACUUACCUUGGAUGUGCAUUCACAGAAACACUAGUGCAAUAAGACUUUGUAAUGUAGUUUGAAAUGUUUGGAUUUAUUAAGUACAGUAUCUUUAUAAAAAUGUUGUGACAAAAUAGUUAGUUGGGUAUGUUUGUGCCAAAUCAUUAUUAGAUUGUGGGACAUGCCCACUAUGUGGUUUUUAAAUUCAUCAAGUAGUCUGAAAGCAUGUGAUUUGGUCCAUUAAAUAUUGAUUUGAAUAAGGAAUAUACUUCAGAAUAAGAACAUUGCAUAUGAGUGAUGACCCUUUUUUAAUAACCACAAAUAUACGUACAUUUGUACAUUGUAGAAUAAGUAGGCCUACUUCAGCUGGGGAAGCACCUGCUAGUGCAAGGUACAUGUACUGACAGAGGUAAACAUCUUGGGUGAUUCACUGUGACAAUGGAUUUUCUCCUAGAGAUAUUUGAAGUAUGAAUGUAUUACUGCUCGUUUUCUUUAUGUUUAUGAACUCUGAAUCAAAAGUAGUAGUAUGCAGAUGUCCAUUUGAAAAAUAAAUUCUUAAUUCCUGUUUGAACACUGAAAUUUGAAAAAAAAAAGUCAAAGGAAAGUAAUGGAAAUGUAUAUGUAUCUGGUAAUUGUCCCCACAUUGUAGGCAUUGUGCAUGAAUGGACAAAUGAUUAAAAAAUGCUUCGUGUCAAAGA